UCCUACAUUGAACUCUGGGUAGGAGAGCUCGGUUUUCCUGAUGAAGCGACGCUUUAAAAAAAAAAUCACACAAGACAGGACUCCCGAGGAAGCUACCCUUAGCUGUAGCCAAAGCCCUGUAAUAGACGCCCUGGACUUCUGUGAACCGAGUGUGGAAGGUGGACUAAUGUCUUCACGCCUUUCCCGGGAAAUCCCUGUCCAUGAGACAGAGGUCAGCACCACAGCUGCCUCUAGCAAAAGGAAGCCUAUUUCCAGGGCUUCCAAGCAGUUAAGGCCCUGCCAGGACCUCUCAGCUCCUGGGGAAGAUACCUCUGAGUCGGCCUCAUUGAUCCAACGGCCACCGCAGAAGCGACAGUCUCGAAACUCAACCUUACCCAAGGUUCUCCACAAAACCCGCAGGGGAAAGCGAGACCCCAAGAAGCUGGCAGCUGCCAUGGAGCGGGUGAGGCAGUGGGAAAGUCGCCUUCUCCAGAACCUGGAGGAAGCCACGCAGCACCAGCUCACGGUUGAAACCGAGAAAAAGGAACCAGUGAUUCAGCUCAACACAGAAGAUCAGCCAGACGCCACCUCCGAGGGUCACACAGGCCAUAGACAUUUGUUAUUUUGGACACAUGACCACUAAAUAUAAAGCUGACGUUACUCUUACAAAUGUUUACCACCUACUUUAUAUAAAAAAAAAAGUUUGCUCUUUUAUUGUAAAAAUGUAAACAUCCUUGCCUUCAGCCCCAUCCAUCCCUCCUGAUUUAUCCACCCCUUCUUCAGGCACAGGGACAUGCGUGCUGGCUCUUCUCAGAGAGGCAGCUAAAAGCUUGUUGGUAGAGUGGAAUCAGCAGUUACUGGGUGAAACUGAGAACUGAGUUGGAAAAACAGUAUUGCCUAGAUGCCAAGGGCACAUAAGGUCUAAGAUGCUCUAAGAGGCAGGUGGGAAGGUUUAUUUUUAAGCUUCAGUUUGGGUGGAAAAUAUUUCUUGCAGUUUUUGUCAGAAUUGGAGGCAUUUUUUUGGAGAGUUCCCAAUCUUCAGAAAAAUCAGGAAAUCUACUGCAAAUAGAUGCAGGCUGGCAGCAGCAGCCAUUGGGAUAGUUCAAUAUUUCAUCUACCCCAGUUCUGUGUGUUGUAGGAAUUUACUGUGUAAGAUGUUUUAGCAUUUGCACCUUAUGAACUUCCCCCUAUGUAAAUGGACUAUUCAGUUGGCUCAUUUUUUCUCGUAAUUACUAAUAUGUUAUAAAAAUACCAGUUAUAAAAAUGAUAAGUCUGUUAACUUUUCAAAUAAAACAUGAAACU